CGGAUCUCACUAACCCCCUCUUCUCCGUCCACUAAGAGGCCCGUCAGCUGUCUUUCGGUCACCGGAAUUUAAAAUUCCUCGUUUUAAUCCACAACAGGAGGGCAUUAUAGGAGCGUAUUAUGUCCUCCAACAACAUGGCAGACCCGAGGAGACAAAAUAAGAUUUUAAGGUACAAGCCCCCCAGCACAGAGACCAACCCCACCCUGGAAGACCCCACACCUGACUACAUGAACCUGCUCGGCAUGAUCUUCAGCAUGUGUGGACUGAUGCUCAAGUUGAAGUGGUGUGCCUGGAUUGCAGUCUACUGCUCUUUCAUCAGUUUUGCAAACUCUAGAAGCUCAGAGGACACCAAACAGAUGAUGAGUAGCUUCAUGCUGUCCAUCUCAGCAGUUGUGAUGUCCUACCUCCAGAACCCACAGCCAAUGUCGCCGCCAUGGUAACCACAGGCCAACCACAGAAAAGAAAGUGAAUUGUGGAUGAUGCUGGAAUGAGUGACGAGACAGCUGAUUGGCCCUCCUGGCCAUCAGUGAGGAAAAACAGACUGAAAGGAAGAUAAUUUGAUAGAAAUGGAAGAGGAGAGAGAAAACAGAUGGCCAGGAGAGGUGGACAGUAAGGAGGACACUACGUCAAGAUCAAGAGAACUAAUGGUUUUUGACUGUGUGCUCAUGUUUUUCUCUUUUUAACCUUUUCUAAGUCUUUUGGUUGUUGAUGAAAAAUUUAAAUUUUACUGUUUGGCUGAUCUAUUGUAGGACGUCGUAAAUAAACCUGUACAGUUUUAAAAGGAA